GCUUUGUAGUGAAGCAUAUUGAAGGAAAUGAUUAUUGAUCACAGUGUUUAUAGUGACUGCACGGUAACCAUGUGUCUGUUAUAUGAUCAGUGUUUGCAAGUUUUAUAAGCAGCAAGAAACAAGUAAAUAUUGCGAAUAAUUCAGUCUGUUCAAUCGACAUUUUGAUAUGUAUUCUCGCUAUAGAAAUAACCCAAGAGGUGCAAUACCCACUGAUAGGAGAGGUGAUUACAUUCCACGCCGAAGGAACAGACACAGAAACUACGAUGGUUUGCCUAGUUACAUGAGACCCACAGAGAGUUCGUUUCGCCGUUCACGAACUUACGGUCCACAACGACGAAAACCACGUCCCUGGGAACGAGACAAUGGUCCCCCAACGACCGACCAUCCAGCGAAUGACGCACCUGACACGACUAAUACAGACGAUGUUCCUAAACCAAAAAUAGAGGAAGAAGCUACUGCAGAGGAAUUGGCUACAGUUCUAACUGUUAAAAAUAUUGAUCUAAAUAUUGAAGAAAAUGUACAGCAACACCACACCGACAAAUAUGAAAAUACAAUGGAAAGAGAAGAUGGAGAUGGGGAAAAAUUAGAACGAGAACUGGUUAUCAGACGUGCUGCAGAGUUUCAAAUCACCAUCGAAUUUGAUCGACCUUAUAAUAAAAAACAAGAUGAUCUUACUUUCCUUUUUAAAACAGGUGAGUAUCCCCUACCAAAAGCAGGAACAUUGGCAAGUUUUAAACUACAGGAAGGUGCUGAUAGGUCGUAUAAACCAGAUAGUUGGGGAGCUCAUAUAGUUAAAUUAGAUGGUAACUUUAUGACCAUGGCAGUCUACGUUCCGGCUAAAUGUGUUAUUGGCGAAUGGGAGUUCGUGGUAAAGACGAUAUUUGAAGAUAAAGAUGGUAAAAAGAUGUCUUUUAGAUAUGAAUAUCCAGAUGAUAUUAUUAUACUUCUUAAUCCCUGGAGUCCAGAUGAUACAGUAUAUUAUCCAACAGAGAAAUUAUUAGAUGAAUAUGUGUUAAAUGAUGGUGGUGCUUUAUUUUAUGGUAAUUAUAGACAAAUUGGUUCAAGAGGUUGGAACUUUGGACAGUUUGCCGACGGUAUUUUAGAUGCAUCUCUUGUUAUCUUGAGAAAAGCUUUUGGUUUUAAAAUUGAUGGUAACAUGGGUGACCCAGUUCACAUCUCAAGAGCUUUGUCCAGAAUUGUUAACAACAAUGAUGACAAUGGUGUUUUAGUAGGUAACUGGUCUGGGGAAUAUGACGAUGGAACACGCCCUACAGCCUGGACAGGAAGUAUUAAGAUCAUACAGCAGUAUAUGGAAAAAAGAGAACCAGUUCAAUAUGGGCAAUGCUGGGUUUUCUCUGGAGUUUUGACAACAAUUUGUCGAGCCCUUGGUCUGCCGUGUAGAAGUGUGACGAACUUUGCGUCUGCCCACGACACAGAUUUGAGCUGUACUAUUGAUAAUGUAUAUAGACUGGAUGAUGAUGAUGAUUUAGAGAAAACCAACCUGUCCGGAGAUUCAGUUUGGAAUUUUCAUGUAUGGAAUGAAGUUUAUAUGCAAAGACCCGAUUUACCGACUUCCUCUACGGAGUAUCAUGGGUGGCAAGUUAUUGACGCCACACCUCAGGAAAGAAGUGAUGGAUUCUUUUGUUUGGGGCCAGCUCCUGUAGCUGCUGUAAAGAAAGGGGCAAUUAAUAUUGGUAAAGAUACACCGUUUGUAUUUGCUGAGGUCAAUGCUGAUUCCAUAGACUGGUUGGUAGAAGAUCGUGAUGAAUUUUAUGUUCUUAAUGUCGUGAAAGACAAAAUUGGUAAGAAGAUCAGUACUAAGGAACCUACUGGAAAACGUUUUCGUGGUAAUUUAAGUUAUACUGGAAGACGUGGUAAUAUUGAUAGAGAAGAUUUAACAUUAUUAUAUAAAUAUGAAGAAGGUACACCGGAGGAGAGGGAUGCUGUUGCUUUGGCUACCAAGUUGAGCAACGCAGAUAAAAAUCCUUAUAUAACCGAUUCAAUGAUUGAAUUAAAGUUAGAAGAUCAAGAUGAGAUUCUUGUUGGAAAAGACUUCAGUUAUUCAGUUAUGGUAAAGAAUGUUGGCGACAAGUCACUAACCGUUAAAGUUGGAAUGAAAAUAGAAUCCAUGACAUAUUACGGUGAUGCUGUGGAUAUGAUAAUACAUAAGAAAUUUGGUGAAAUGAAAAUAGAGGCUGGUCAGGAAACAAAAAUAAAAUUGGAUGUACCAGCUGAUCUAUACCUACCUAAGGUUAUUGAACAUUUUGCCAUGAAAGUAACAGCAACUUGUUUAAUUAUAGAAGAACAUAGACGAGUUAUACUUGAAGAUGAUUUCAGAUUACGUCGACCAGAUUUAACGAUAGAGGCCCCUGAGACUUGUAAACCCGGUGAAACUAUUAAAAUUAAAGUUUAUUUUGAUAAUCCAAUGAACAAAACACUAACAAAGUGUAAACUUAUGAUAGAAGGAAGUCUUAGAUCAACUGAAACAACAAAUGGUGGAUCAAUUAAAUUUCCUGAUGUUCCUGGUAAUUCAAGAUGGGAAACAAUUUUAACAGUCAAACCUAAAAUCAAACCAACCCAUAUAAAAGAGAGAGAUCUAUUUCUUAGUUUUGAUUGUGUUGAAUUGCCAGAUAUUGUUGGUUUUCAUGGAUUAGAUUUAUCCGACUAAAUCAAUGGAAAAACGACAGAUGUUUAUAUUAACUGGUCGUAUAUGUAGAUAUUGACUAAAUAUUAUAUUAUUCACAGUAUUAUGAUACUGUUGUGCUUAUAAUCAAACAAUAAUAUCCGAAUCAUUAUAUUAUCUUAAUUUUCAUAUUGUUAAUAAUAAUAGAAAUUUAUAAAUGUUUUAAUCCGACCAUCUAUUCUUCCCACAAAACUUUUUUUUUUUUAUUGAAAAGUAUAUUUUUUUAGGAACAAGAAAAAUAAAAUAUGCUAAUUAUUAUAGAUCAUGAAAAAAAUAAAUGAUGGUAAUUAUUUUACAUUAAAAUAAAUGAUGAUAUUUAAUAUACAUUAAAAUAAAUUAUGUUAAUUAUUAUAUAUCUACAACCACAGAUCUGAAAUUUGAUUGUCAGUCCCUGGUUGUUAAAUAGAGUGGGUUCAUCCACUUCUUAUUUUACUUGUUAUUUACACUGGCUCUGUGUUGAAACUUGUCGUAUUUAAAAUAUGCUUGCAAGGUUUUUAGACACAAAUAUAUUAUGUUUUUUCAAUCAGUGAUUAUGUAUUUUUAAAAGCUCUUGAUUUUCAUUCAUUAUAGUAUUAUUCUGUGACAGUAUUUAAUUUGUAUUUAAUAAAGGCUAUACUACACGCUC